AUGGCCUCGCAGCUCAGUGAGCACUGUUUCACUGCUGUCUCCCACUCCGGCACUCCAGUUGGCCAUCAGGAGGAGAUCGCUAACGUACAGACAUAUGUAUCUGAGCCUACAAACGCAUCCGAGUCCAAGAACUAUAAUAGUCGUAUGAUUUCUCAGUUUGACCUGUCCACAGGGUUCACAGUGCUCGGCCUCGACUACUUUUUUGGAGAACCUAUGCAUGAAUGCAUGAAUAGGCCGGGUUUCGACAGGCUGGCGUGGAUAGAAAAGGCAUUUAGUAACGCUAAUACCCAUAUCUGCCCAUGGGCUGACGCUGUCGUGAAGAAAUACGGCCCAGGCUUGAAAUACUGUGCUGUUGGCUUUUGCUUUGGCGGGCCGCAUGUACUCAAUCUUGCCAAGAGCGGUGGCUUAAUUGUCUGUGGUGCUCAUAUUCUAGCCUUGUGCCGCGCAAUCGCUCACCCUGCCACUCCCUCCGAGGAUCUGACGGAGAUCGACGAAUGCACCGUCCCGAUGCUGUUUUCCUGCGCUGAGACCGACCAGACGUUCCCCAGAGAGACACGUCGGAAGGUUGAAGAUAGGCUUGUCGAGCAAAAGAAGACGUACCACUUCCAGAUUUUCAGCGGUGUGAAACAUGGAUUUGCGGUCAGAUGUGAUCCGAACGUGGAGAACGAGCGAUGGGCAAAGGAAGAGUGUCAGCGUGGCAUGGUCGCAUGGUUCAAGCGUUUCACAGCCUAA